CUGCAAACGUUCCGAUUAAUACGUGUCUCCCGCUUCUCUCUAUUCCGCUUGUCCUGUUGCAGCUUCCUUCCUUUCUUCUGGACCAGCCGAGUUUGGGAGAGGCAAAUCCAACAUGGGGGAUAUCAUCCUGCCUCGGCGCCUUUUCCUCUGGUGCAUGGCGCUCAUUUACAUGGUAGCUUUUGUUUCCCUCUACGUUCAGGCACCAGGUCUCUAUGGGAACAAUGGGCUGCUCCCUGCCCGCUGGCAGCUCCGCUACACUGGGAAGCCUCUGCUGGAACAGCUGCUGUCCUCUCCCACCCUGUUGUGGCUGGGGCCUCACCUGGGCCUGGACACUCAGACUGCCAUGGAGCUGCUGUGUCUGACUGGGGCUGCCCUCAGCCUGGCAGCCACCCUGGUGGAGGCUCUCAGAGACAGCCUGGUCUUCUUCUGCCUCUGGGCCUUGUACUUGUCCAUGUACCAAGUGGGCCAGGUGUUCCUCUACUUCCAGUGGGACAACUUGCUCCUUGAGACGGGCUUCCUCUGUAUCCUCGUCGCCCCCCUGACUUUAAUCCGGGGAUCUCGAGCGGGCAGAGAGCACGACCGUGUGACCUUCUGGCUGAUCCGCUGGCUGCUCUUCAGGCUGAUGUUUGCUUCUGGCGUGGUGAAGCUCACCUCACGCUGUCCCACAUGGUGGGGCCUCACAGCUCUGACGUAUCAUUAUGAAACUCAGUGCAUCCCGACUCCGCUGGCCUGGUUUGCCCACCAGCUGCCAGUUUGGUGGCAGAAGCUCAGCGUAGUGGGUGCACUGGUUAUAGAGAUCCCCGUCCCUUUGCUCUUCUUCAGUCCCCUCCGACGGCUGCGGCUCGGGGCCUUUUAUUUGCAGGUGCUUCUUCAGGUUCUCAUCAUUUUAUCAGGAAACUACAACUUUUUCAACCUGCUGACGCUGGCCCUCUGUGUGUCCCUGCUGGACGACCGCCAUGUCAACUUUUGGCUCUGCAGAGCAGAAAAGUCCGUAGACGAGAAAAACGACUCCAAGUGGCUGCUGUGGCUUGGUUACUUCCUGGAGCUGCUGGUCUGGGCUCUCCUGAUCUUUGGAACGAUCCUCUGCUUCGAUCUGCAGGUGGAUUCUGUGAAGAACGCCAUCUCCUCUCGAACAGCAUUCACAUUCCAUCAGUUUAACCAGUUUCUGAAGACCGUUACCAUCCCCUCUAUCUGGAUCGGUGUGGUCUCGCUCACCUGGGAGUUGGUCACAUCCAUGUUCAGGUGUUCCUGCGUCUCUGGCUUCCUGAAGAGGUUUCUGAGGAUGAUCCAGUGGACGCUGUUCGCCACUGCUGCUGUGGCCAUGUUUGCAGUCAGUCUGGUGCCGUAUAGUUAUAUAGAGUAUGACUCUCACGCCAGGCUGUGGCCCGGGGUGCGUGAGGCGUACAGUCUGGUGGACCGCUACCAGCUGGUCAACUCCUACGGCCUGUUCAGAAGGAUGACGGGAGUCGGCGGGAGGCCGGAGGUGGUCAUCGAAGGAAGCAUGGAUGGGAACACCUGGACGGAAAUCGAGUUCAUGUACAAGCCGGGGAACAUGAGCGCAUCUCCUCCUGUGGUGACGCCGCAUCAGCCUCGGCUGGACUGGCAGAUGUGGUUUGCAGCUCUGGGCCCUCAGAACCAGAGUCCGUGGUUUACCAGUCUGAUGUACCGACUCCUGCAGGGCAAAAAAGAAGUGAUUGAACUGAUUCAGACGGAUGUCUCCAAGUAUCCGUUUCACGAGGAGCCGCCCGCCUACCUCCGAGCUCACCGCUACAGAUACUGGUUCACUGAACCAAAGUCUGACGGGUCUUAUCCAGAGCGUUGGUGGAGGAGGGUCUAUGAUGAAGAGUUCUAUCCCAGGGUGCACUUGGGCAACGCUUUCCUGGAGGGCAUGCUCAGCCAGUUUGGCCUUAAGGACAAAUCAGCCCCACGUCGGGUUUCUAACAACACUGUUGCCCAGGCCGUGAGGUGGGUGCGAUCUCAGGUCAGAGGUGUUCCUGCCCACACACUAAUCUGGACUCUCAUUGCCUGCAGCACCACCUUCUGUUUACUCCAGGGGUUGCACAGCAGGAAAAAACAAGCAGGACACGGUGUAGAGCCCCUUAAAAUGGCCGAAAAAGGGAGCAAACAUACUGAGGAGACAGAUGAAAGCUUGUCAGGGCAUCCAGAGGAAAAACAAAGACAGCGGGGGGAAGAGGAAGAAGAGGAUGAAAAGAACACUGGAGAUGAAAAGAAGGAGGAGGGAAAAGAGGCAGCCAGUGAGACUGAUGAGGAUGAGGAUGAAGAGGAGGAGGAGGAGGAGAUGAAGAAAGAUGAGGUUCUAGAGGAAAGUUUUUGAGGAAGUUUCAGACUCUAAUCUCCACCUGCCUUAAAACCAAAGCCAAAGAGCAUUUCUUUCUUCUUCAUCAACCACCAUGUCUGCUGCCUCCACUCUGCAUCAUCUGUACAUCCUCAUAUGUUGAGACUGAAAAUCAUUUAACCAGAAUAUGGAAUCCAAAGUUUGGAGUUCAGGUCAUUUUACUGAGGAAGUAAAUAUUUUCACUGUUUUCUGUGUUUUUGCGCUUUCACCUCCAUCACUGUGCUGAGCUAUAUCCAUGGUUUUUUCUGUAUAUAUUUAAGUAUCAGAACAAAAAGACCACAAGAGACGUAGUU